AUGGUUGCUUCGGACUCGCCUUGUGUUAUUGACUGCCCGCCUAACAAGGCCGCUGGUGUCUCAUCAGCACAUUCAGAUUUGGAUGCCGCCAUCGCUAAACUCCGCAUGACGGCGUACAUGUGGCAAGCCAUGACUGCCGAAGAUCUCAGAUUACAUGGUGUUGGACGACGCUCGUUUAGAUUGGAUGAAGAGUGGGUAGCUGAUACAACCAGUCGGGAUUUCCUCAAUGCGCGAAUGGAUCAGUGCCUGGAGCGUGAGGGCGCCAUGCGGUCGACUGCAAAGGUCAAUGUCAUCCGCUCUUCAAAAACUGUUGAACAGAUCCGGAACGCGAACAUUGCCCAGCAAAAUCCAAGGGCAUAUCGCAAGAAUGAUCUUUUCGAUUUCUUCCAAGAGGCUCUCAAAGAGGCUGGAGGACCGUUCGCUUCCAAUGCUCGCCCGAUUGUCGCUGGUCUGAUCCUCGAUUCUCAUUACAACGUUUCCAAAAAGCUUAUUCUUGGACACGCUGCUCUUGGUUGCCAUAACCCCGAAGGACUCUCGCUAGGCAUGUUCGGCAGCCACCUGACCUACUCCUGGCCGCGCUUCAUGGAGGAAGUCACUAGCUGCUUGACAGAUACACGGGCCCCAGGUGACAAAGUUGGCAACGACAAUGGUGAAUGUGCCACCAUAUGGGAAGCAUGCGCUAUUGGACAAGGCGCUCAUAUUCAUGAGGUAGGCCAUGCCUUUGGCUCUCCGCAUCGUCCUGGUAUUAUGGAACGUGGGUACGCCCAGGACUGGCCUAAGAACUUCCUAUCUAAGACUGCGUACUCUGCCCAUCUUAAAGAGGAGGGUGUUCUUGUGGAUCUGGCAAAGACGCCAAAUGAGGCUCGCUGGAACCUCGCUGACGCACUCGCAUUCCGGAUGCUCCCUCACUUCCGUCUACCCACUGAUGCCGUCUUGACUGAAGAAGAGAGGAACGAGAAGCCGAAAGCCUUCGCUUCGAACGAGGACGAAGAAGGUCCCGCGACACUGAACAUCAGCUCAGCCAGCGGUAUUGUACGUAUCACAUUUAACCGCACCGAGCAUUCGCAGCCUCUGGGUUGGCGCAACAACGCACCAAAGACGAUGGAAUACACCGAAGCCGACUUAGAACAACGAUUUGACCGCACAACACCUCUACACCUCCAGAUUCUCGCCUUCAACGGCAAAGAAACAAGCAUUCGAGACGCCUGGAAACUUCUCUCCAGCAGAUCCUUCGUCCGCAUCCCCGGCUCCACUCUCCGCCUCACAAAGCACCUAGCAGUCCCACGCUCUGUGGUCAUCAACCAAGAAGACGACGCAUACGAAUGGGCGCAGCUCCUCCGCGAAAAAGGUGCAGAUGGCAAACUGCACCGCGCCGUCUCCAUUGACUUCCGCGUAGGCUGCCUCUGGGACGGAGGCGUAGUCAAAUACGCAGACGGCCACAUAUCACACUGGGGCCCCAUGCAACGCUACGGGCGCAAACACGGCUUCGGUGGCCACGCAUCCAAGAAGAUUCGACUACCAGAGGGCGUCGAGAUAUCGUCGAUAGAGGUAAACCCACAAUCCGGUGUACGCAUGCACCUUGCCGACGGUACAUCAGCGGGUGAACUCAACACCCGCGGUGAUACCGAAAACGUAAUCACCACGUUAGCGCCUUCACCCGACGAAGUCAUCGUGGGCUUCUUCGGCAAGUCUUCCAGGAGCGGUUUCUGUGGUGUGUUGGAGUUUGGCAUUAUUACUGCCCCCAAGGAUGUGGGCUUGGACGGCUUGCCCGAGCAGGUGUGGGAGAUGAGUGAGCUGAAGAAUACGGCAGGGUUAGAGGAAGAUGGCGAUGAUUAUAAGAUGGAUGGGUAUUACCAGCAGGAAUAUGAUGAGGAGGAGGAUGAGAACGAUUUCGAGGAAGAUGAGUAUGUGGAGGAGGAUAAGAAGAUGGUGCUUUGA